UCCUACACGAUCGCAAAGGAAGAGGACAGCCGCUCGACUCGAAAUGCUGAUGUUCCUCGUCGCCCUGUUCUCGCUGCUGAUUUCUUCAGCUACGUCAGCGGAGUACUUCUGGGGGAGAUGCCCUUCCGCCCCUCCUAUGAAGGAUUUUACAAUGGAUAAGUUCCUUGGUCUUUGGUACAUAGUCGAGGCGUUCGACGACGGCGAGAAGUGUAUGACGUGGAACAUCACGAGGGACGCGGCUCCUCACAUCUGGAGGGUCGCCGAAGACAAGGAGAACGGGCCCUUCCACGCUGCUGGUAUUUCGCACGCUAAGUUCAACACUGGCACACUUACUCAGCGUGAUAAGGUGAAUCCUGCCAAGAUGAGGAGCUACUGGCCUAUAUCUGGAAUCGCAGGAGAAACAGAAUUCACAGUGCAUGACACCGACUACGAGAACUACGCUUCAGUGUUCGAGUGUCAGAACGUAGGGGUGUUCCACAAAGAGAACGGCCUUAUACUGUCACGGACGCCUGUCCUUAGGGUUGACCUUAGACAGAUGGCCAGGAUUCGCGCCCCGGACAUCAAAGUGGCCUACUACAGGAGAGUCCUUCACAGCGGCUGCAAAUACCGGACCCAGCUGCCGGACAAUAAUGCGACGACUGCAGCGAUUGAGGACACCUACGGCCUCCGAGGCGACCGGGUUGUGCCAGACUCAUCGUAGUGUGGCGAUGAGCCAGAGGGCGUCGCCCCAGAAGAAGACAAUGGAAAAUUUCCAGACAUUGCUCCUGCAUCUUUGCAAGUGUCCUAACCGAAUCGCUGCUGAGCCUUUACUCUAAUUUAUUGAUAGAUUUUCAUCUCUCUGUAACGUCAAAAUCUUCAUAUUAGAUUUGUCAUCACCCAAGUAUAGUCUCAUCCUAGACGUAGGUAAAUGUAGCCAUUAAUUCAUUCUUAUGUUAUUGAUCAUUAUCAUAAGGUUCAUCAUAAACUUAGAAAUAAUAAAGGUAAUUUAAAAAUAUGAGUCUGCAAAGAAAGCUUUCAGGAAACUUGUCGGUUUCCCUUUUCAAUCUGUAUACAUUUAUCUUGAAUACGUACGUAUACAUAACUGUGGAUUUGU